CAAAAUGGUGGUUGUCUGUCAAUUAGCCUAAUGUAUUUGUUUAUAAAACAACAUGAUUGAUAAUUAUUUAAUACACAUAAUAUAUUGAAAUUAAACUUGCAAUGGGCACAUCUGGACAUAAUCUUGAUACAUUUAACAUUGCUGAUUUAACCCCUGAACAACAAAAAAUUUUAAUCGAUAUAAGGAGACGAAAAACUGAAUUACUAUUGGAAAUACAGUUCUGCCCGUCCAUGUGUUCCAUGUGUUCGUGUGUACGCGUAUGUGCUUCUUUCAUAGUUCACAAUGUGAUACAAUCGUGUUGUCCUUGUUCUUCCGGGCAACUGAAAGAUGAUCUCUGCGAAGUUGUAUCAGAGAUGGAGUCUCUGGACUCUGGGGAGGAUGGCAAAAACAGCAACAAGACCAAAAUGAUGUCAAUCGGUAGAAAAAAGUUCAAUAUGGAUCCUAAAAAAGGAAUAGAAUAUUUAAUCGAGAAAGGACUAUUACAGGAUACCCCAGAAAGUGUAGCUCAAUUUCUUCAUAAAGGUGAAGGUCUUAACAAGACUGCUAUAGGAGAUUAUUUAGGUGAAAAAAAUGAUUUCAACGAACAAGUCCUUCAAGCCUUUGUUGAAUUACAUGAUUUUACGGAUUUGAUUUUGGUACAAGCUUUAAGGCAAUUUUUAUGGAGUUUUCGCUUACCAGGUGAAGCCCAAAAAAUUGAUAGAAUGAUGGAAUGUUUCGCUAAACGUUAUUGUGAUUGCCAGGGAGACAAUAAUAUUUUUGAAAAUUCCGACACCUGUUAUGUUUUAUCGUUUGCUAUAAUUAUGCUAAAUACUAGUUUGCACAAUCCAAGUGUCAAAGAAAAACCUACAAUAGAACAAUUUAUUAAUAUGAAUAGAGGCAUAAAUCAAGGUCAAGAUUUACCUAGGGAAUUGUUGGUGAGUUUAUAUGAUAGUAUAAAAGCUGAACCCUUUAAAAUCCCUGAAGAUGACGGUAAUGAUUUAAUGCAUACUUUCUUCAACCCCGAUAAAGAAGGUUGGCUGUGGAAACAAGGUGGCCGUUACAAAAGUUGGAAACGUCGCUGGUUCAUCCUUAACGAUAACUGCCUAUAUUAUUUUGAGUACACUACAGAUAAAGAACCUCGAGGUAUAAUUCCUUUAGAAAACAUAUCAAUCCGUGAGUGCACUGAUAGGCAGAAACAGUACUGUUUUGAACUUUAUGCCAGUGGUGGGGCAGACUUUAUCAAAGCCUGUAAAACCGAUUCCGAAGGUAAAGUAGUCGAAGGAAAACAUACCGUUUACAGGAUGUCAGCUAGUAGUGAUGAAGAAAGGAAAGAAUGGAUUCAAAGACUUACACAAAGUAUCAGCCAUAAUCCAUUUUAUGAUAUGCUAGCGAAUCGAAAAAGGAAAGCUCAACUUUAUGCGAAAAAUUAGUUUGUUUUAUAUUAUCCAAAACAUACUCUUCAGCUAAAAACAAAGAUACAAAUAUAUAUAUAUUAAAAUGAAGAUGUUUUAAUAUUUGUUACAGAAAAUAUUUUUGCUGUUUUUCUUUGUUAAAACACAUAUUUUUAUAUAUUAAAUUACUGACAACGAAGUAUAAAACAUAUACCUAAAAAAAAUCUUGUGAAAAUUGUUUUAGAACAUAUUUAAAAUAAUUAUAAUUUUUUUCUUAUGUAUCAGCAAAUAUUGCUGUUGAAAUAAAAAUUAAAAUAUAGAACAUUUAUGAUCGUAUUGGAAAAUUAACCAAACCAAAGUGCAAAUGUACUUGACCAAAAUUUAAAAAAUUGUUUGAUCGGUGGUGGCUAAAUUUGUAUUGCCCUCCAAUGUACAUACCGUACUGUAAUAAAGAUGGAAUGGUUUCAUUUGAAUUUGAUUUUUAAUUGAAUUAUUUCACAAACAAAACUUACGUCCAGAAUGCUUCUGUAUAUUUUGAUAAAUAGAUAAAUUUAUAAGACUGAGGUAAAAGGUUAAUUUAGAGUAUUAAAAACAAGAAGAAAAUGCUGGAAGUUAUGGAACACCACAGUAUUCAGCCCUUGUUUAAAAAUUAUUUCACAAGAAACAUGUAAAUUUUGCUUUUAGUUACAGAACUAUAUUCAAGAAACUAAUUGUUUUAUUUGUGUUGUUAAAAAUUUAUUGUUGAUAACUUUGACAGGCUUAAAAUUACUGUAUAAAUAUUUUCUAGUGUACAUAAAAUGAAACUCAUAAAAAUGAGCUUUUAUACUUUACAGCUAUACAAAUUUUUAUGUAACUGUUUUGUACCUGCAAUAUUUGUAAGUUUUUCUUAAAUCCAUAAAUGGUGUGUGCAAGUGAUCAACAGUGUAAGUAACCGAAAAUAUUCAAACAUUAAUUUUUCAAAUCUGCUAGAUAUGCUUAAAGCUUACUUUUCCCACAAGUUUAAGAGAGCUUAAUACAUGGACGUCCAGAGAGAACCUCAAUCGGUGCCAUCAGAUCUGUCAAAUUAUGUAUUUAUUAUUAUUUAUUACAGAUUGCUAUUAUAACAGUUUAAGUGAUGUUCUCUGUUUGUGGCACACAUCCUUAGAUCUGAUAGCGUGAACAGUGAUGACCUCUGGACACCGAUGGCUUAAGCGUAGGUAAUAGGAAGCAUUAGAAUGAAUCCUGUUCUAUGAAACAAAAUUUGCCACAAUUACACCAAUGGUCGGUUUACCAGCUAAAGAAAGUAAAUUUAUUGUGUGGUAAAUAAACCAGCCUUUAAAAAAAACAUUUUCAACUAGGUAUCUCAAAAAA